AACUCCAUUCAUGUAUUUCAGACUACUUGCUAUUAUUUAAAUACCAUUAAACAAGUGAGCACUGUUAAAAUCAGCGGAGAUUAUGUUGGACCUGAAAUGAACAGUGUUCGACUUUGCGUUACACGACACCGGAAACAAGCUCCCGGUGUUACCCAGAAUGAUGUCCCCCAGCUUGUCUCCGGUUGGUUUUUGGUUAGUUCAGUCAACAUGGCCGGUGCGACUUGCGCAAAAUUCCUCCUUCAGAGCUCAACACGGGGCUUUCUCUUCUCCUCCAGGGCAGGGAUUCUCCUCUCAAGCCCUUUUCUGUCCCGUGCUCAUAGAUUGGAUCCCACUGAUGAUGAGAUGUACCAGCGUACUACCAUGUCCCUCAUGCAGAAGGAGCCAGACAGCGGGGUCAUGAUCCACAGCUACAGUUCCGGAGGAUUCAACAUUAAUGGCAACAAGGUGUUUGGGCCCUGUGCUGUGCUGCCUCCGGCUAUCCUGCAGUGGAAUGUGGGCAGCUAUAAAGACAUCACAGAAGACAGUGUAUCACUCUUCCAUAUGCUUGAACCAAGAAUAGAGAUUCUUGUACUAGGCACAGGUGCACGGCUUGAACAAAUUAACCCUUCAGUCCUUACUCUACUCAGGAGUAAAGGCAUCGCUGUGGAGGUGCAAGACACGCCAAAUGCCUGUGCAACCUUCAACUUCCUGACGAGUGAGCGAAGAUUAGCAGCUGCUGGUCUGAUCCCUCCACCUGUGAGCACAGCCUUGGAACUAACACAGGAGUGAGUGCUGUGAUGUCAACAGAAACACAGACUGAGGUCUGUGGAUGGAGCUUAAAUGUUUAUGAAUCACGUCGGGCCUGUAAGAUGGUUUCCUUCUGCACAAAGCUUCAAGAGGAACAAAAACAGUGAUCUUCACCUUCAGUAUUUGAUUACAACAGAUAUUUUAUAACAAUGAGCUGUCAGUGCUGUUGUCAUCUGUUGAUCUGAGGUAAACUGAACAUUGAGCUAACAAUUAGAGAUUUUUCACACAAGUAAAAACAAAUGUUUGACUAUAGUUUCAUGUAUCAAUACUGUCAGAUUUUCUAUCUAGGUUGGUGUGUGUGUCACAAGUGCUCAGGUCAAAGUAUUCAUACAGGACACAGUGAUGGAGAACUACACUGUAAUAAUGUGCAGCUGUACUCUUGUAUAGGAGUACUUGUGUGUGUAAAAUAUGUAUUUAAUGUGUUAUGUAUAAGAAACAGUAACUAUCAGACAUUUAAUGUUUUCACCAACAACAUAAAUGUAUAAUAAUACUAA